AAUAAGGCCCAACUUCUUCCCAAAACUACAUCUCUCAAAAUCAAAACACCACAAAACAGGCGCUAAAAGUCACAAGAAUGGAAGAAAGCUCCAAUUCUUCAGCAGAGGCCGUCAUCGAAACCCUAAGAACCAGAGGUUGGUGUUUCGGCGAUAUCCAGCAACUUAGAGCCCUAAUUGUCAUACACUCUGCUUUAGCCGAUGACAAGGAAACCAGUACGGUGGCCGAUUCGCUUGAACAGGACCUACUUAAUAUGGACCUUCGAUCCAUCGGAGGCAAGUCGUUGCCUGACCCGAUCCAAAAGCUAUCUCAUAUUCAAGGCCCCAAAAUCCUCCAGAUAUCUUCAGCUAGGGACAUAUCUAGAAGCAGCAUGGACGAUUUUUCUGAAAAUUCAAGCAGUGAGCGUCUACUAAGAUUAACUCUAACGGAUGGGCACUCUGAAAUAACUGCAAUAGAAUACUCGCAUAUACCAGCUAUCUCUAAUGAUGUAGUUCCUGGUACAAAGGUCCGUUUGGAGAAUAAAGUUGUGGUACAUAGUGGUAUAGUAUGUUUGAAUCCGAAAGUGAUUACAAUUUUAGGGGGUGUUGUUCAAUCACUUCAUGAAGAAUGGGAGAUGAAUAAAAAAUAUUCGGUGUUCUCCCGCUCAUCUGUAAGGCCACCACAAGAAAGUGAUGGUGGUGGUCCUCCUCCAUUUGAGAAGUUGCAGAUCAGGGCUCCUUCACAUCAGUUUGCUCAGCAUGGCAGAUUAUAUCAUGAUGACUCUCCAUCAACAUCAAAGACCAAUGAUCCUAGUACUAUGAAAGCCAUUGGAAUUGCUGAAGCGGGGUGGAAAAGUAAUCAGCAGACCCAUGAUCUAAUAAGAACAAAUAACUCGAAUAGUGUACAGGUGACUUCUGUUGAAGAAAGAACUGAAGAAAAGCCAAGUAGCUCCCAGGCACGACCGAAAGAAGCUGUUGAAUUGUUUCCUGUUCAGAAUCAAGCGGCUUCUCAAAAGCUUCUCCAGAAAAUGAGUAACCUUAAUCGAGAUAAACAACAUUCUAGAGGCCGAAAAAAUCGAGGUAAAGGAAGGCAAGAAGAGCCAGUAGUUUUUACCCUUGAUGAGUGGGAAAAGAGAAAAGGCGGGGUGAAUCUGUCAAUUAAAAAGGAGCUUCCUGAUACCAGUAAUGAUGAGGAUCUUGCAUGGCAGCUUCAAAACCAACUUGAUUUGGAAGAAUCUCAUGCUAGUGUACAAAGGGGAAUGCCUGAUUCAGCGUCAGAGAAUAUUAAAAUGAGCAUGUUUAAUUAUGAAAGAGAUGAUGAUAGGAUUCAUGGAAUGGAAAACAGAGGGAGAGGAAGGGGAAGGGGAAGGGGGAGAGGAAGAGGGAGAGGAAGAGGAGGGAGGGGUAUAGGGAGAUUUAAUUAACCUUUUGGCUCCUGUCCCUAGAACCAUUUAUCUAUAUGAUUUCUUCCUUGGUCAGGUACCUUCUUUUUCUUUAAAAUUUUUUAUUUUUAAACUUUUUUGUAUGUACAUCCUCAACUGUCAUAUACUUGCAUACUUUUAUUGGUCUAGCUUCAAAUACAAUUAGUGAAACUAAGAAUUUUCGCUUGGAAGAGUUGCCGGUUUGCACAAUCUGGAAAUCACCUAGUUGGGGGUCACAUUGUGAUGAGAUAUCUUUGUAUCAUAAGUUCGAAUUUGACAUUUAUGUAACAUCGUGAUUUCUCUUUUGGUAGUGGUGGAACCAGUAUAUUAGGUGGUCUCAUUUUUGUUCUGAAUUUGAGCUUAGUUCUUGAAAGUUUUGUGACAUAAACGUGUAGACCUCUGUGGUGGCACAAGAAAUGGUCAGUUGGGCUGUAUUAAAACAGUGCAAGUUAUGCAGCUAAGAACAUCUUUUAUAGAUUUGUUUA